UAUUUGCCGUGUGAUCCGAGUCGUCCCCCCCUCGGACACGGCCUGCAGCCCCCGGCCCCCAGCCUGUCCCUGGCGCUCCUGGGACUCCUAGAGCUCAGCGCAGACCCAGAGCUGGUUUGUUUUUCCACCCCAGCCCCCAGCAACUUCUGAUCUCCUGUCUCCAGGGAACAGCGAUGGGGGACCCCAUGGCAGAACUUGCAUGCCCUGAACCCCCCGAUGGGGGGUGGGGCUGGAUGGUGGUGCUAGCCGGCUUCCUCCAGUCAGCGCUGGUUUUCGGGGUGAUCCGCUCCUUCGGCGUCUUCUUCAUGGAGUUUGUGGGGUACUUCGGGGAGCUGGCGGGGCGCGUCUCAUGGGUGACCUCCAUCGGGAUCAGCGUGCAGCAGCUGGGGGGUCCGGUGGGCAGCGCCCUCAGCACCCAGUAUGGCGCCCGCCCCGUGGUGAUGGCCGGGGGCGUCCUCUCGGGGCUGGGCAUGUUCCUGGCGUCCUUCGCCACCAGCCUGACCCACCUGUACCUGAGCAUCGGGCUGCUCUCAGGACUGGGCUGGGCCUUGGUCUUCACCCCUUCCGUGGCUUCUGUGGCCCGGUACUUCAGCAAGCGCCGGGCCUUCGCCACGGGCCUGGCUGUCUCGGGGGCAGGCCUGGCCUCCUUCGCCUUCUCCCCACUCUUCCAGCUGCUGGUGGACACCUACGCCUGGCGGGGGGCCCUCCUGGUGGUGGCUGGCAUCUCCUUCAACCUGGUGGCCGCCGGGGCCCUGCUGCGGCCGUUGGAGCUGGAGGGCAACAAGGCAUCCGUGCAGGAGGCAGGGUGGCUGCAGCUGCCGGCCUUCUCCUCCUUCUGCUGGCCACGCCUGGCCUGCCACAGGCCCUUCCUCCUGUUCUCUGCGGCCUUCAUCUUGGUGGAUGCCGGCUACUACGUGCCCUAUGUCCACCUGGUGCCCCACGCCCGGGAGCUGGGCUUCGACGAAUACCGAGCCGCCUUCCUCCUGUCCUCGGCCGCCGUGGCCGACCUGUGCGGCCGUGUGGUGGGCGGCUGGCUGGCCGACCGCUUCGCCAUCCGUCUGGUCCACAGCCUGACCCUCUGGACUGUCCUGACGGGCCUCUCCAUGAUGCUGGUGCCCCUGGGGCAGAGCUACUCCCUCCUGAUGGGCCUCUGCAUCUGCUACGGCUUCUUCGCCGGCGCCCUGGUGCCCCUCCAGUUCUCCGGCCUGGCGGAGAUCGUGGGAACGGGGCACAUCAUGGAGGGGAUUGGGCUCAUGCAAAUGCUGGAAAGUGCUGGCUCCCUCGUGGGGGCCCCUCUGUCCGGUUGGCUGCGGGACAUGACUGGGGACUACACAGCCUCUUUCAUUGUAGCAGGGGCUUUCCUCCUCGCUGGAAGUUUGCUCCUUUUUGCCCUGCCAAAUUAUUUCUCCUGCCCCAUGGACUCAACAACUGAGGAGGAGACCAGGGGAGACCCCUGAGACUUUAGCUCCUGGGGGGUUGUCCCAGAGAGCCAGAUCAGAAGUGAGAGGUCAGCAGGAGGCAGAGCAGCGAGUACUGUAUACAGAGCCAGCCGAUAGGUGUCUGCUUCUUCGCUGACCAUCGUAAGACGGUUGGAGGAUGCAUAAGAGAUAGAAGGAGGAAGCUACCCAGUCCAGAUUCACUCCUCUUUGCAAACUGGUGUCCAAAGCAUCCUAGAUCUUUCAGGCUAGAAAGGACCCCAAUGGUCCCCUAGUCUGACCUUCUGCAUGGCACAGAGAACUCCAGCCAUUCCUGCCUACAGCCCAUAUCUGAUGGUCGAGCUAGCAGUCUUGAUUUAAAAGGACACGUGUGAUGGAGAAGACGCCACCACUCCAGGGGAAAUUGGCCCCCCUGGUUAAUCGCCCUCCCCAUGAAAAAUUUGCGCUUGAUUGGCCGAGCUAGUGAAGGUCGUCCCCUCCCUUUGACCGCGUUUCUCUGUCUGUCUGUGCGUAACACAGUCGCAACCGGCCGCCCCGGCCGAUCGGUUCCAAACUUUCAGGGCACGGUCGAGGCAUUGAUAGCUAGAACCCUGUUGAUUUAGGGGGAGAUUGGAAAACAAACUAAGUGGGGAGAGGGACACACGGCGACUCUGCCAGACCCUCUGUGGUGAGGGUCUCUAGCUCAAAAGUUGAUGGCAGAAAUGUGAUGCCUUGACUAGCUCAGCUUCCUUCCCCUGGAGUUGCACACCCUGAAUGGCUUUCGUGACGCGUGUCCCCCGCAGAACUGGCCACAGCCUUCCAGGGAGGCUGGAGAGAGGGGGGAGCCAGCUCCGUGUCAGCCAAGAUCCACAGAUAUUUAUACAAGGACCCCUCGCCCGGUGCUGAGAUAUGGCCACCUCUGGGACGGGGCGACUGGUUAUCCAGGGAUCCCUCACCUGGUACUGGUUCUACCUGGUGCUGUCUUGCCCCAGCAGUGGCUGCAUCUCAGCACUAGGUGAAGGGCCCCUGUAUAACCAGCCGCCCCACCCCAGAGGUGGCCGCAUCUCAGUGCUGGGUGAGGGAUCCCUGUGUAACCAGCCGCCCUGCUCCAGAGGUGGCCGCAUCUCAGUGCUGGGUGAGGGAUCCUUUUCUGCGGAAAAGGACCUAGGGGUGACAGUGGACGAGAAGCUGGAUAUGAGUCAGCAGUGUGCCCUUGUUGCCAAGAAGGCCAAUGGCAUUUUGGGACGUAUAAGUAGGGGCAUAGCGAGCAGAUCGAGGGACGUGAUCGUUCCCCUCUAUUCGACAUUGGUGAGGCCUCAUCUGGAGUACUGUGUCCAGUUUUGGGCCCCACACUUCAAGAAGGAUGUGGAUAAAUUGGAGAGAGUCCAGCGAAGGGCAACAAAAAUGAUUAGGGGUCUGGAACACAUGACUUAUGAGGAGAGGCUGAGGGAACUGGGAUUGUUUAGCCUGCAGAAGAGAAGAAUGAGGGGGGAUUUGAUAGCUGCU